AUGGAAGAAGGAGGAAGAGCGGUUAUUCAAGGAGUUGAGAAGCAUUUGAAGCUGGAUAGAGAAGAUAGGGAAGCGUCGAGGUCGACAUUGUAUCGGUAUGGGAACACUUCUUCUUCUUCUUCGGUGUGGUAUGAGCUGCAGUAUCUGGAAGCUAAAGGUAGGAUGAAGAAGGGAGAUAGAGUGUGA